AUGUCGAGCAUAAAACCACCUUCUGGCAUCAAUGGCAGAGAAAAGCCUCUUGUAACAGAACGAUCUCUACUCUGGUACAUCAAGAUGCCCGGCGCUCUGAGGUAUCGCGGUUUGGAGGCCUGGCUCGAAAAUGCAAACGGAAACCCGAUUUCCCUUCUGGAGAAGCGCUCUAUUGAUGAAACAGAACACAAAAUCUCGAUCACUCUUCACAUUGACCCGGCACGAACCUACACUCUUCGUUGGUGCAGGAGCGCUGGCCUUCGCCCAAUGUCCGCCCUAUGCCAAGUCUUCGUCGAAAACGGCUACUACGACACGGACGCGCAUGUGGAGGUCGUGAGCCUAGUCAUGAACAGCUCAAAGAGAGUCACACAAUCCAGGCAGAGUAAAGGAUGGCUCAACGGGCCUUACCACCGAAAGGGCUACCUGCGAACAGCGAAGAAGGCUUUUCGGUACUCCCUUGGCUCUGUUCGCUUGGUUAUCAGGAAGGUUCAUGGUGCCGUCUUGGAACCUAAGUGGGUCGUCGACGACGUCGGCUUCGAACGGGCCGUUGUCGACUUCGACAAUAUGAAUAUCGACGAGGAAGAGGAACCCUACGCCAUCUUCGAGUUCAAUUUCAGAGACGAGAAUGAGCCUAUCUGGGAGCGCGACACGCCUGCCGACAACAAAACCUCUGUUUCGCGGCCCUCGAAUGCGACCAAACGCCCUGCGGAUGAUAUCCAAAAUCGCGAUGAGCCGAGGAAAAGAGCCCGCCUGUCCUCUAUUUCACAUCGACCAACGCCUGACUUCAUGAAGACGCCAUACGUGAAAGUCGAGAUGUCUACUCGCCCAGUCGACACCGAUUUAUGGGGUAUCAGGAACACUUAUCCAGAUCUCCAGGACGAGUACGAAGCCCUUGAGGCUAUCGAACGAGAGCUAGCAGAAAAGCUGUCCGCCAAAAUGCAGUCCAAGCAGCGCAAUAUCGACAGGAUGCGACGUCUACUCGAAACGCCUUGA